CUCUCUGUACCAGGUUUUCAUUCUUGGGCUUUGAAGCAGUUGGAUAGGACACCCUCAGUCGGUCUGGUUAGGCAAUUGGUGGAGUCAAAAGCCAGGAUGAAUGUACUUUUCUCAGCCAAUCCUCCUACAUCUGGUCAGUGCUGUAUUCACUCUUUUCAGAAGGUAGAUUCUUGGGGUUCGGAAGAUAGGCUCUUGGAAUGAUUUCCCUGUGCUUCUAAACUGCUGUCACUGCCUCCAUGUUAUAUUUGCAGGCUGUGCAUUUUGCUAUUAAUGUAACAUUUUAACUUUUUGAAUUUAGUGAUUUGUUUAAACUACAGAUUGUCUAAUGUUAUGUUAAAUUUUCAGAUUUGCAGAUCAUUCUAGUAUUCCAGCGGCUUUCUGACUCAAGAAAAAUAGCAAUCUCCUUUCCUAAAAAAGUUUCCAUACGUAUUAUCUAGGAAAGUGAGUUAACAGACAUGUUUGCUGGAAGUUACUAAAUAUUGUAGGUGAUGACCUAUCUCUUUUGCCAACCGAGUGAUAGAAAAUUGGAACAAGUUAAUUGAGAAGGCCGUGGAAGCCAAAACCAUCAGUAGUUUCAAAACAUCACAAGACAAAGAGUACUGGCAAGGUGGGACACCACAGUGUAGCUCUCAUCCUGUAACUACACCUAAGGAAUUACACUUAGGCUGUUACCUUCACCAAUAUUGUUUUUCUCCAAAGUUAGCCUGAUUAUACAUAGAUUAUUAUAUACAUUAUUACAAUACAUUAUUAUAUAAUGUAUUGAAAGUUAUUGGUUUAUAGAUUUCAUUAAGAAUGUUUACCUUGACAUGUAUUUCAUCAGUCAGUAGCAUUUUUUAACAGAUAAAAAUAUGAUAAAUAUUUUGAUAAAUAUCUGAUAAAAAUAUGAUAAACAAUUUGAUAAAAAUUUGAUAAAAAUAUGAUAAAAAUAUUGUACAUUAUUGCCAUUUAAGGUAGAGUUGCAUAACUGUCUGUAGAUAUAAUAAUUUAUCCAACAGUAGAUUUUUUUUAGGUCAGAACUGAGGACUUUAAUGUUCAUUCAGAGAUUUGUUACAUAUUCAAAUGCAUUGGAGAGAUUUCUCAUCAAAAUUCUUCUGAUUUUCUGAUAUAGUGUCCUUUUAGUUUGGCAAAGUUAUAGCCCAUUGUUGGGGAAGAUAAUACCACAUUUUCAGAUAUAUUGUAGAGAAACCAUAUCAUUGUUCAUUAUACCAAAAAAGGUUUGUGCAUACUUAAGCUCCUGUAUAACAUAAUAAUAUUCACAAAUGACACCAUAUUAGUAGUGUGGCUGAAAAACCUAAAAUAUUAUCUUUUAUUAAAAAUGAGUUCACAGCCAGAAGAGAAACCUUACCAAUGUUCAGUGUGUUUAAGAGACUGUAAACAAAAUUAUUACCUAAUAGCACACAUGAGAACUCAUACAGGUGAGAAACCAUACAAGUGUUCAGAGUGUUCAAAAUGUUUUACCCAAAAUAGCAGCUUAAUAACACACAUGCGAAUUCACACAGGAGUGAAACCAUAUAAGUGUUCAGAGUGUUUAAAAUGCUUUUCACUAAAUUCUUCACUAACAAAACACAUGAGAACUCACACAGGUGAGAAACCAUAUCAGUGUUCAGUGUGUUCAAAGUGUUUUACGCAGAGUAACGGUCUAGACUCGCACAUGAGAAUUCACACAGGAGAGAAACCGUAUCAAUGUUCAGAGUGCAUGAAAACAUUUUCAUAUAAAUUGUCUCUAUUAAACCACUUGAAAACUCAUACAAGAGAGGGAACUCAUACAGUGGAAAGGCUAUAUCACUGUCCAAAGUGUUUAAAGAAAUAUUCACAUAAAAAUUCUUUAGUGACACACAUGAUGCUUCAUACUGGACAGAAACCAUUCAAGUGUUCAGAGUGUGCAAAAUGUUUUACACAAAAUAGCAGUCUAGUAUUACACAUGAGAAUUCAUACAGGGGAGAAACCAUAUAAGUGUCCAGAGUGUUUCAGGUGCUUUUCAUAUAAAAAUUCUUUAGUAACACACACGAGAACUCACACUGGAGAGAGACCAUAUCAAUGUUCCAUAUGCACUAAAAGUUUUAAAAAUAGAUCUGAUCUAAGAUAUCACUUGAGAACUCAUACAGGAGAGAAACCAUAUCAGUGUUCUGUGUGUUAUAAAGCUUUUUCACAGAGAAAUGCUUUAGUAUCACACACAAGAAUUCAUACAGGAGAAAAACCAUAUCAGUGCUCAGAAUGUUUAAAAAACUUUACAGUGAAAUCUUCUCUAUUAUCACAUAUUAAAACCCACAAAGAAAAUGCAAGUCAAGUCGAAUCAAUUGAAAUUAUUUGUUUCCCUUAGUUACAUUGCAACAUAGGGUAAAUACAUGGAGGGGCAUGAUGAUGAGCAGCUGUCCCUGUUAACUUGAAGUUUUGUUUUAGAUACAACGAUAAAGUUACUGAGACAUGCUAGAGAUAAUACUUUGGAUUUAUAUAAUGGUUAACUAGGGCCAUAUUCGGCAAGUACAAGUGCAUGAUGUACUGGAAAUGAACUUUUGGGUCCUGAUGUGGCAUCUGAAGGCUGGAGUUCUCAACCUGCCUCCCAGUGUUAUGGGUUUUCAGUUGAUAUGAAGUUAUGAUCCUGGCCCUUCUUCACUUCUGUUUUUGAGAGCUUUAAGACUUUUGAGACUUGCAAAGGGUUGCCUUGCUUGCCAUUAAACCCAGCCUAGAGUCUUGUUCAUAGUGAAGGGAGGCCACUUUCUUUCAGUAAGAGAUAUUCAGAGAGAGCACAGGGAGCAAUGGCCUACGAAAACUCCACUCUUUGAGAGUAUAUUUAUGUCUGCCAUCGACUGGGGUAAGGCACCCAGAAAGGUAGGCAUCCCAAAACAAACCCCAACUGGUAGAAAAUUGAAACCCAAGACCAAACAGAGCCCAAGAACUCCCCCCGCCCCCCCCCCCCCCCCCCCCAAAAAAAUGCAACAAGCAAAACAUCACCAAUUGACAUGCUGUUAGUUCCUCCCCACCCUAGGGAAGGGAGGUCCCAAAUUUGCACAGUAAAAUAACUACAUACUGGAGUGACAUAUAUGGAAGGAAAUGCAGAAUAGAGCCAGUGAAGAGUAGAGGUGCCAUAGGCACAAUCCUACCGUUCAGGCUCUUCUCUGUAUGUUAGCAAUGUUAGAGAGAUUUGGGGCUUACCUUCCCAUUCACCUGGGCUCUAGGAGACUUAAUUGAGGGUUACCGUUUGGAGAUUUUAGCCCUGGUUUUGUAUUCUGUUCUUGUGCUGCACUCAUCAGUGUCAUUCCUAAGACUUAAGUCUUCCAGACCACUCAGACUACUUCAUGGCUCUCUCUCCCAAUCUUGGGGUGUAGAGUUUCUAAAAUUGUUGUUUAGAUGCUUUUAGGGAAGAUGUCUUGUAGGUUACUUGAAGGCUGCUGACUACUUAUCUAGAGCUGUGACAAUGUGUCAUAGCUGUAGAUAAGGUGUCUUCAGCUUUCACGUAACCUUAAAAAAAAUUUGUUAUAGUGUUAUUGUUAUUUUUUAUUUCAUGUUUCUUAUGAUAUGGCUCGUGUUAUGUUCAAGGAAGUUUGCAUGAGGCACCAUGCAGAGGAAGCAUUUGAGGAGGAUGCUCAUAAAUAAGCGAUGUGUAAUGAAAUGCCCCAUUUUGGACACUGCCUCAGUAAUUCCUUUUCCCUGCCCCUGUCUCUUCCAGUGACAUAAGGUUGUAUCUUUCCUGAAGAGUAACAUUGCUUCAUCUCCUUGAUUCGGGGUGAUUUUGACUACCCCUUUUGACUGAAGGGGCCUCGUAGCCUGGUGGACAGCGCGCAGGACUCGUAAUUCUGUGGCGCGGGUUCGAUUCCCGCACGAGGCAGAAACAAAUGGGCAAAGUUUCUUUCACCCUGAAUGCCCCUGUUACCU